AUGUUCACAUUUCCCAGUCCUGAACAAAUACUCGGUCUGUACACUCACAGAGAAUCCUGCAUCUCCUUUAACAUCAUGAUCCUUAACGUCAUUUACGACAGCCUUGAUUUUAAGAGCUGGAUGAUUUUGAUUUUUGUUUUACUGAUUCUGUAUGAUGUCUUCAAAAAUAAGAAUCCAUCUAAUUUCCCCCCGGGACCCUUGUCUUUACCAUUUCUGGGAACUAUCUUUACUGAGAUGGAUUUUAAGACCAUGGAUAAGUUGACUGAAGUCUACGGGAAUGUAUUUAGUUUGAGAGUGGGCAGUCAGAAACUGGUAGUCAUUUCUGGUUAUAAACUGGUAAAGGAGGCCCUGAUUGAACAUGAUGGCUUUGUUGACCGUCCAGCGGUUCCCAUAUUUCACAAAACAUUUAAGGGAUUAGGCAUAACUAUGAGCAACGGAUAUCUGUGGCGUAUGCAUAGGAAGUUUGCUCUCUUUCAUUUGAGGAACUUUGGAGAUGGAAAAAAAAACCUUGAGCUUGGGAUCCUGCAAGAGUGUGUUUACCUUUGUGAUGCCUUUAAGUCAGAAAAGGCACCAUUCAAUCCCCAGGUCAUAUUAAACAGCGCUAUCUCAAAUAUCAUUGCCUGCUUGGUGUUUGGACAACGCUUCGACUAUCAUGAUGAAAAUUACCAAACCUUUCUGCGCCUUGACACUGAAUGUGUUCAACUAGUAGGCUUAACUAGGACACAGUUGUACAAUGUGUGUCCUUGGCUUUUUGAAUACAUACCUGGCCCUCACCAAAAAAUGUUUGCCAACUAUAAGAAGAUCACAGAUUUCCUUAGGGGAGAGAUUAAAAAACACAAAGAGGACUGGGACCCUUUAAACCCUCGUGACUUUAUAGACAGCUACCUGGCAGAGAUGGAGAAGAAAAAGAGUGACCCUGAAGCUGGCUUUAAUAUGGAAAGUUUAGUGGUGUCUUGCCUUGACCUGGUUGAAGCUGGGACAGAGACGGCAACAACAACAUUACGCUGGGGUUUGCUCUUUAUGAUAAAGUUUCCAGAAAUACAGGUAAAGGUCCAAGAAGAGAUAGAUCGAGUCAUUGGCCAGAUUCGUCAACCCAGCUUGGCUGACAAGGUUAACAUGCCUUACACUGAAGCUGUUAUCAAUGAGAUACAGAGAUUUGGUAAUGCCGUGCCACUGGGAUUCCCAAAACUAGCUGCUAAAGAUACUAUGAUAGGAAAAUACUUCAUUCCAAAGGGCACCGACAUUACAACAAAUCUGUCUUCAGUUCUGAAUGAUCCAGAUGAAUGGGAAACACCUCAGACCUUUAACCCUCAACACUUUCUGGAUGAUAAGGGCAAGCUUCGAAAGAAAGAUGCCUUUAUACCAUUUUCAGCAGGUAAGAGAUCAUGUGUGGGAGAGCUGCUGGCCCGUAUGGAGCUUUUUCUGUUCUUCACCUCCAUACUGCAGCGGUUUACCGUCUCUAAAUGUCCAGGAGAGGAGCCCACUUUGGAAGGAGAGAUAUGGUUCACAUACGCUCCUUCUCCCUUCCGCAUUUGUGUGACCUCACGUUAGACUCAAUGUGAGAGUGAAACACUUUUGGUUGCAAUAUAUUAUGAGGAAAAGAAAAUCUUAUUAUUGAAUAUUUUACUGUUUUAUAUCAUUUCUGUUUUAUGCAUUCUGUAAAGCUACAUUGUAAAAAGUACUACACAAAUAAAAAGUAUUUCAUUGAUUACUAGGGAAAAUCAUGAAAGUAUGACCUUGUUUUAAAUAGAGAGGGUUUUUCUUACUUUUUGUUUCAAAGUAUGACUUUAGUACAAUUGAUAUGUGAUUGAUGUAAUCCUUCAAGUUCUAUUGUUCAUAUCACAUUAUAAUUUCCUAUAAAUUAAUGGACAGCUUUAGUGUUUUUACACCCAUAUGUUAUUUCACAUGUUGUAAUGUGCACGGCACACUAUGAAAAUUAAUUAAGUGAUAUUUACUGUAUGUACAAACUGUAAAAAAUGUAAAUUCUCAUAUGUUGCAAGUUACAGGGUGUUGCUUAGGUGGCAUGAAUGCAGUCCAAUAGUCCCAACCAUAAUACUGUUUCGAAAAAUACAGAAUCAAACACAUAUCUGUUAAAGAGCACCUAUUGUCCGAUGCACGUUUUUACAUUUCCUUUGGUGUAUUAGUACAUGUAAACAAUAUGCAAAAGGUAAUGUAAACGAUGACGUGAGUUAUCGUCUUCAACGUAAAUCUCUUUUCUUGUACUACAACAAAACACACAGAUUUCAGGCAACAGUUUACUUGAUGUAGACAAGACCGACAUUAUUAUAAUUCCUCCCACUUUGGACUCACACCCUGUCAGUUAACUCCUGUUAGCAUUGCAUUGUGCGCAAAUCUUUCUAACAUGGUAACACAUUUACAGCUGACGUCAGAGGUAUUCAGGUCAAUCACAACGUACAGAUUAGCUGGCCAAUCAGGGACACAGAGCUUUUCAAAUCCAUGCGUUUCAGAAAGAGAGGGAAAUCUAGAGCUACAAAAUGUACAGUAUGUGGAAAAUAAUGUGUUUUUUAAGCAUAAACCACGUGAAACACAUUGUAUUAUACCAAAUACACAAAAUAACUUUGGUUUUUAGCAAUGUAAUAGGUGCACUUUAACAUGUUCCAUAUGCAAUAAAAUACUCUAAAUUACAACAAAAUAUGUAUUAUUAACCACAUGCUGCCAUGUAAAACACAUUGUAUGUUUUACAUUCAGUGAAAAGCAUUGGUUUGUAUAAGAGUCAUUGUUUUGGCGUAAGUCCCGCUGUGUGUUUCAUCCUGUGGAUAAGAUGAAUACUGUAGCAGUGCACAAAACACAAU